AUGGCGAAUCGAGAAGGUGGUGAUCUGUAUCCGGAGCUAUGGAAGGCCUGUGCGGGCCCACUCGUUGAAGUCCCUCGCAGCAACGAGAGAGUCUUCUACUUUCCACAGGGGCACAUGGAACAGUUGGAGGCAUCAUCACCAACAAAUAAGGAACUGAAUCAGGAGAUUCCGCAGUUUAAUCUUCCCUCAAAGAUUCUCUGUCGCGUCCUUAACAUUAACCUCAUGGCUGAACAAGAAACAGACGAGGUUUACGCACAGAUUACUUUACUACCCGACACAAAUCAAGACGAGCCUACUAGUCCUGAUCCGAGUCUUCCUGAACCUCAAAGAUCUACAGUUCACUCAUUCUGCAAGAUCUUAACUGCUUCAGAUACAAGUACCCAUGGUGGCUUUUCUGUUCUACGGAAACAUGCCACUGAAUGUCUUCCUCCACUGGACAUGACCCAGGCAACCCCAACUCAGGAAUUGGUUGCCAGGGAUCUUCAUGGUUAUGAAUGGCGGUUUAAGCAUAUUUUCAGAGGUCAGCCGCGUAGGCACUUGCUUACGACAGGAUGGAGCACUUUUGUUACUUCUAAGAGGUUAAGUGCCGGGGAUUCCUUUGUUUUUCUCAGAGGGGGCAAUGGGGAGUUGCGUGUUGGAGUUCGGCGUCUUGCUCGUCAGCAGAGCAGCAUGCCGUCAUCUGUGAUCUCAAGUCAAAGCAUGCAUGUAGGGGUGCUUGCAACUGCAACCCAUGCUGUUGCAACCCAAACUCUCUUUGUAGUCUAUUAUAAGCCAAGGACGAGCCAGUUCAUUAUCGGCUUAAAUAAGUAUCUGGAGGCCGUCAACAACAAAUUUUCCGUUGGCAUGAGAUUCAAGAUGAGGUUUGAGGGGGAGGAUGCUCCUGAGAGAAGGUUUUCGGGCACAAUAAUUGGUCUGGAAGAUAUAUCUUCUCAUUGGUCACAUUCAAAAUGGCGGUCGCUUAAAGUUCAUUGGGAUGAGUCUGCAUCAGUUCCAAGGCCUGAUAGGGUAUCUCCUUGGGAGAUAGAACCUGUUGUGGCUUCUAUACCUGCAAGUGUUCCUCAACCAUCUGCAGUGAAGAACAAAAGGCCUCGACCAGCUGCUGAAAUUCCAGCCAUCGAUGCUACAAGUUCAACUGCACCAGCUCUCUGGAAUUCUGGGUUGACGCAGUCUCAUGACAUGUCACCACCGAGUGUUGCUACUGAAGGCAAAAGAAGUGAAAACCAUGCUCUAUGGCAUCAUCAACAGGCAGACGUGAUCAGCAAUAACAACUCUAUCUCAAGGACUCAGACUGAUGGGGGAUGGCUAUCUCAGACAGGUGGUUCUAAGCUUAUGUUUCAGGAUGCAAUGGACGAUACUAAAAUUUUUUCUGCUUGCCCUGUUUUCUCUGGAUAUUCAACUCCAAACUCAUCAAAGCUGAAAAAUGACUCAAUGUGUGACCAUGUUGAAAAUGGGAAGAAAACUGAGACAGCCACUAGUUGCCGAAUUUUUGGUAUAGAGUUUAUUAAUCAUUCUGCAAGGUCCCCAUCUAUGGAGAAGACACCUCUACAACCAAUCAAUGCAUCUACUGGAACCACUGAAGGACGUGUUAGUAACUCGUUGGCAGCUGAGUCAGACCAGAAAUCUGACGUUUCAAAGGCUUCUAAAGAAAGCAAACCUGGACAGUUGCAAGUAUCCUCGAAAGAGACACAGACCAAGCAGAGUUCCUCCACAUCCACCAGAAGUCGCACCAAGGUUCAAAUGCAGGGGAUGGCUGUUGGCCGAGCAGUGGACUUGACAAUAUUGGAAGGAUAUGACCAGCUUAUAGAUGAACUGGAGGAGAUGUUUGAUAUCAAGGGACAGAUUCACCCCGGUAACAUGUGGCAGAUUGUCUUUACUGAUAAUGAAGGAGACAUGAUGCUUAUGGGUGACGACCCGUGGGCGGAAUUCUGUGACAUGGUGAAGAGAAUCUUCAUAUGUUCAAGUCAGGACGUGAAGAAAAUUAGUGCAGGGUGCAAACUUCCAUCGUCUUCACUAGAAGUUGAAGGAACCGUAACAAGCUCGGACUAA